CCUACGCUGCUGUAGUGGAAUUAAAACGAUGUCGUUGAACUUCCCAAACAAGGACUCGUUGAUAAAAAUAGCUCGACACUACAAUCUCUCCACCUCCACUUCACCGUCUCCAACUAACUCCUACAGCUCUCACCGACUAGAAAUACAAUGGGGAUCUUGCCUUUGCUCUUUCUCUUUCUCUUUCUCUUUAGUUUGCCUUUCUGUUUUGCCAUUGAGGAUGACGUUACUUGCCUUGAAGGCUUGAAAAACUCGCUCACUGACCCACUCAGUAGACUGGCUUCCUGGGACUUGACCAACAACUCCGUUGCCUCUAUUUGCAAGCUUAAUGGCGUUUCUUGCUGGAAUGAGAAGGAAAACCGAAUCAUCAGCCUUCAGCUCCCGGUGUCUCAGCUUGCCGGACAGCUUCCUGAUUCUCUCAAGUAUUGUCGCAGCCUCCAGACCUUAGAUCUCUCCGGCAAUGCACUUUCCGGUUCGAUCCCUUCCCAAAUCUGUACUUGGUUGCCUUAUAUUGUUACUCUAGAUCUCUCCAGUAACCGCUUCUCGGGUUCCAUUCCGCCUGAGAUCGUUAACUGCAAGUUCUUGAACAAUCUCAUUUUGAAUGGAAACAAGUUGUCCGGUUCGAUCCCUUACGGUCUCGGCAGCCUUGCCCGGUUGAAACGGUUUUCGGUGGCGGAUAACGAUUUGUCCGGUUCGCUACCGGCUGAUUUGGCAACAUUCCCUGAGGCUGAUUUUGAUGGGAAUGACGGGCUUUGUGGUAGGCCUCUUGGUAAAUGCGGCGGAUUGAGUGGUAAGAGCCUUGGCAUUAUCAUUGUUGCUGGUGUUAUUGGUGCUGCUGGGUCUUUGAUUUUAGGGUUUGUGAUUUGGUGGUGGUUGUAUAUUAGGCCAAGUGACAAAAAGAAAGGUUAUGGGUUUGGUAGUGGCAAGGAUGAUUCUAGCUGGGUCGAGUUGUUGAGGUCACAUAAGCUUGUUCAAGUCUCAUUGUUUCAAAAGCCCAUUGUUAAGAUCAAGUUGGCAGAUAUAUUGCUAGCCACUAAUAAUUUUGAUUUGGAAAAUAUUGUGAUUUCAACUAGAACUGGGGUUUCGUACAAGGCUGUUUUACCUGAUGGGUCUGCUCUUGCUAUUAAAAGGCUUAGUGAUUGUAAGCUCACCGAGAAGCAGUUUAGGUCUGAGAUGAACAGAUUAGGUCAACUUAGGCAUCCAAAUUUGGUGCCUUUAUUGGGAUUUUGUGUUGUUGAAGAAGAGAGGCUGUUGGUUUAUAAGCAUAUGCCUAAUGGGACCUUGUAUUCUCAAUUGCAUGGGAGUGGGUUUGGUUUCAGUCCCUCUGGUCUUUUGGAUUGGCCUACGAGGCUUAGGAUUGGUGUUGGUGCAGCUAGAGGGCUUACUUGGCUCCACCAUGGAUGCCAGCCACCAUAUAUGCACCAGUAUAUUAGCUCUAAUGUAAUACUUCUCGAUGACGAUUUUGAUGCUAGGUUUACUGAUUUUGGUUUGGCAAGGUUGGUUGGUUCUCGAGAUUCUAAUGAUAGUUCUUUUGUUAAUGGAGAUUUAGGGGAGUUUGGUUAUGUUGCUCCUGAGUAUUCAAGUACCAUGGUUGCCUCAUUUAAAGGGGAUGUUUAUAGCUUUGGGAUCGUGCUUUUGGAGUUGGUUACAGGGCAAAAGCCUUUGGAAGUUAGUAUUGCAGAGGAAGGAUUCAAAGGGAAUUUGGUGGAUUGGGUAAAUCAUUUAGUGAGCACUGGUCGAAGCAAGGAAGCCAUGGAUAAAGCUCUAUAUGGGAAAGGUCAUGAUGAUGAAAUAAUGCAGUUCCUGAAGAUUGCUUGGAGUUGUGUGGUUUCCAGGCCCAAGGAUAGGCCUUCUAUGUACCGAGUAUAUGAAUCUUUAAAGAGCAUGGCCGAGAAACAUGGUUUUUCUGACCAGCAUGAUGAAUUCCCGUUGAUCUUUGGUAAACAAGAUCCUGAAUAUAAAGAGUAGCCUUAGGGAGACAAGAUUAUAUGAAGAACAAAAUUAAUUGUAUUGUAGUUGAGAAUAGAAGCAUUAGGUUCAUUCUCUGUUAUGUUAUGGAAGAUCUUUCAAGCGAACGAUAUGAUUUCUACUUGAAUGGGAUUCCUUGUUGUUAUGCUCUCAUUUGUUGGAUAAUUCUGUACAAUCAAUCAUGCACUGUAGCUUUAAUGCAGUUCAGGUAAUUUUUGUUGUCAUCAAUCA